AUGCACUAUUUAGCAAGGAAAGUUACAGCUAAAAUGAAAGAAGAAUUGAUUGCAAAUGGAAAAGAGGCCCAGUUUGGGAAAAUUUUUCACUACAAGAAAAUCUUCCUUGGCAAGAUUGGUGAGGAUGAGUACGUCACUGUAGAGGAGUUUGUAGAUGGCUCGUUUGUGAAGUAUAUUAAUAAUACUGGAGAUGUAUGUGGAGAGAAAGUUGAGCUUUCUGAUAAAGCUGAAUGUCUUGUACACUUCACUUACGAAUUAUCUCAAAAGGAAGUUAUGGUACUCAACAUCCAAGGCUGUGGAUGCUCUCUCUUCGACACCGAAAUUGCUUCCAAUCAAACAGUGUCUGAGGACGACUCAACAUAUUUGUUUUGCACAGUUAAUUUGUCAAUUACUGCGAUAAACAAUUUUAUUGGCAAACAUACAUGCAACUUGUAUUGCCAACUUUUUGACUUGCCUGAACUACCACAGUAA